AUGGCCGAUCACACGGAAGUGAUGAAAGGGAUUCAUCAGUACCCAGGCAUUCGGUAUCCUGUCCUUACUCCUAAUCUUCAGGGUUUUCACCAUGCUGUUGCUGCUGGUGCCACUGAAAUAUCAGUGUUUGGUGCUGCAUCUGAAUUAUUUAGCAAGAAGAAUAUUAACUGUUCAAUUGAAGAGAGUAUGGAGAAGUUUGAGGAGGUUGUUAAGUCUGCAAGGCACAUGAGUAUUCCAGUCCGAGGGUAUGUGUCUUGUGCCCUGGGCUGUCCAUAUGAAGGAAGUAUCGCACCACAAAAAGUGACAGAAGUGUCUAAGAGACUGUAUGGCAUGGGCUGUUAUGAGAUAUCUCUGGGGGACACAAUAGGAGUUGGCACUCCAGGAAGCAUGAAGAGAAUGCUGGAAAGUGUCAUGAAAGAAAUCCCUCCAAGGGCUCUUGCCGUACACUGUCAUGACACCUAUGGACAAGCCUUAGUGAACAUCCUAACGGCCCUUCAGAUGGGGAUCAGCGUGGUUGACUCUGCAGUCUCCGGAUUAGGUGGUUGCCCGUAUGCUAAAGGUGCUUCUGGGAAUGUGGCCACCGAGGACUUGGUCUAUAUGCUCAACGGUCUGGGGCUCAACUCCGGUGUGAAUCUUUACAAAGUGAUGGAAGCCGGUGACUUUAUCUGCAAAGCUGUGAAUAAAACCACAAACUCCAAAGUAGCCCAAGCCUGCCUCAGUGCUUGACUUGAGCAAACAGGCGACAAAUCUAAGAAGAUCCAUUUCAGCUACAAAUAUUUAUCUGAAAACAAUUGUCAUCAGCUUACUCUGAAACGAAGUAAUAAAUAGUUGGGGGAAAGGAGAUGCUUUGAAAAGGUAGAAUUGGAUAGAUAAUGAAGUCAGCAGGAAGCGCCAUCAGUCAUUGGAUAACUUGUAGCAGAGGCUAACUAAUAAAACUUGGAGUUGUGUAUGAAUUGGGAGAAAAGGCUACUCUCUUGGUCUUAGAGAAAUAACUUUUUAAUUUAGUAGAUGUGAAAAUUAACUUCAGAUUUCUCUAAAUAUCGGACACUGUGUCAAUACUUAAUCAAGCUGGCUUAGCACAGUGGACAUAUUGUCGGUGGUUUAUGAGCUCCGCGCGGUGUGUGGCCUCAGUAUUAUGUGCUAUGCCUCUGGAUCUCAACUUUUCAUUUGCCAAGUCAGUUAAGUUAUGGACCAAGCGCCAAAACUCCAUCUGACCCUACAUAAUUUUUAGCAAUAGAACUUUUACAUUUCAAAUAUGGCUAACAUCUGUUAACCAUUUCAAUGACUUUAUCUUGUUCCAAGAGGCUGUGGUCGAUGGCAAGACGCCACAUCCUGGAAACGUAACACGACCUCCCAUGUUCCUCACAUGCGGCCAGUUUACCAUCCUUUCCCUUUCAUCGGUUAUGUGAAAAACCAGCAUGGUGUUGCUCAACUAUUGAGAAGUAGAAAUCCUGAUUUUAAUCUGAUGUCUAAAUUACAGUGAUGAGAUAGACUGAUGUUUGUGGCAUAACCCACAUUUGGAAUUUUCUGAUCAUUUCCAAAUUAACCGGGAGAACAUUACUGUGAUCCUAAGAGUAUUAGUUUUUAAUUUACAAAAAUAAAUGGUUUUCCACUGCAUCUGGGCACUUUGAUUAUAUCAGCUUUUUUUCUUCGUUUAUUUCUUAUGUUUACUUAUAAUCUUGAAGUGGCUGAAAUUUUAUCUUUGAUACUAGAAAGUAUUGCCAGAAAUAGCAAAAAAUAAUAUAUCAAAGAUGAGAAGAGGAAUAGAAGGACCAUAUUAAGGAAAAUAUUUCUGUAAUCUAUGCAAAUCAUAUGGUGGCAAUAUUAUUACAUGUGGGUCUGAAACAUCAGUUCUAUUAUUUAUCUAGACUUCUCCAAUAAUGCUGGGUGAUUUUAAUCUCUGAAUAAAUUUGCAUAUACCUUGGACUA